UGUCCGUCCUGCUUUUGCCUGUCUGUCGCAUCGACCUCACGAUCUCUCCGCUUCAGUGCAUCAACGCUGCAGAGAACCAUCCACCGUUCAAAUUUUAUGGAAAUCUACGCAUGUAAUAUGUCUCAAUUCCAAAGACGGGAAUUAUUUCCUUCAGCAUCGUUAAUCUACCGGCAAUCAAUCGCAAAGAUGAAGGGAUAUACAAACCCUUGAACUCAUCCUAAGGGUCUGAGUCUAAUCCAUCCAAGUCGCGGCAGAGUAACAAACCUGUGACCCCAAUCAGCUUCCAUUCGACUUAUUGAGCCCUUCUCAUUUAUAUUCCACUCCUGCAAAAUGCCUAUCCGGAAGCUAAAAGUCGGUAUGGCUGGCCUGGGCCGGAUAGGCAAGGUCCACGUCAACAACUUCUUGCACCAAACCCCUCGUGCCGACCUUAUCGCAGCCUUCUCUCCCGACCCGGCUGAGAUUGCCUGGGGAAGGCAGAACCUAGAGCCUUACGGUGUCACUUUGUACGAUGAUUACGACAAGAUGCUGGACCACCCCGAGUUGCAGGCAGUGGUGAUCGGGACAGCCACCUCUGUGCACGCUGAGGAAACGAUGAAAGCUAUCGACCGUGACCUGCACGUCCUCUGCGAGAAGCCAUUGUCGAUUGAUGUUGAAGUGUGCAGAGCCGUUGCCCAGAAGGUCAAGACCAAACCGCAUCUCAAAGUGAUGUGUGGGUUCUCGCGGCGGUUCGAUGACUCCUACCGGGAGGUACAUGAUAAGAUCAGCCAGGGAUUGAUCGGACGGCCCUCCAUCGUUCGAAGCCAGACCUGCGACAAGUACGACCCAUCCGGGUUCUACGUUGCCUACGCUGCAUGGUCUGGUGGGGUGUUCGUUGACAUGUCUGUGCACGACAUCGAUCUCACCUUGUGGUUCAUGGGCGAGGACUCAAUCCCUAAGAGCAUUUCCGCCCAUGGAAUCACAGCGGUUCAGCCCGAGCUGAAGAAAUACAAAGACUACGAUAAUGCCGUUGGCAUUGUCGAGUUCCACAAUGGGAAGAUCGCCUACUACUACUGCUCUCGGAUGAUGCCUCAUGGUCAGGAAGAUACAACAGAGGUUAUUGGCACCGAGGGGAAGUUGUCUGUCAACAUCAACCCCCAACGCAACUUUGUCAACUACUACCACGCCAAUGGCAUCACUCGUGAAGUUCCUGCAAACUUCCACGGUCGCUUUGGAGCUGCAUUUACGAGGGAAUCGAACGAGUUCACGGCCUGCUGCUUGGAUAACACCCCGCUACCGCUCAAGCUGUCCAAUGCGGUAAAGGCUGUCGAGAUUGGGGCAUAUCUCCAGGAGGCACUGGUGACGGGGAAGCAGAUCCACUUCGACGAGAUUGGCAGGCGGAUCGAGAAGGCUCAACUAUGAGCUCUCAACGGAGUGUUGUCUUUGUUAUUCUCACCAUCUUAUGUCCUUGCUUGAAAAAC